GUACCAUUCUCGAUUUGUAUUUCAGUGACAAGUGAUCGUGCUAUUUUUGACUGUUUCUUAGUGUUUUCAUCAGUUUUUUUUGUUUACUUUCGUGUUUACCGGCAAAUAAUCUAAAUAAAAAUGGCAACAGAAGUAAGUGCAGCUCCAGUUACACAAUCCCACCCAACCUGUUUGGAGUCUGUCAACAGAUUUUCAAAGCUUCCAGUUGUUGAUUCCACCAUCAAGACAGCUACAAGUCUAUACGAGAAAGUAAAGGACUUGAACGGUCUCACCCACUGGACCUUCUCAACAGCAGAAACCACCCUCUGCAAAGCCGUCGACUUGGGAAUGCCUAUUGCCACUCCAGUCAUCAAGAACUUCGAAGGACCCAUUAAGAAAGUCGACAAUGUUCUUUGCUCAGGUUUGGAUUAUGUAGAAGAAAAAAUUCCUGCUGUAAAACUUCCCACCAACGAGGUAAGUGUGUUGUAUAUAACAGUUAAACUCCCUUGCCAUAUGUUUUAUAUUAUAGUACAUUAUCGCGACAAUAUUAAAUGUAAACAAAGGGUAUUAUUAUACCAAAUGGAUUACUAGAUAUUAAAAUAUUAAAGAACAAAAAGAUUGAUAUAUCACUUAUAAGACAACUUCUUAAAAUUCAAUCUUCGUUAGCAGAAUUACUACUUUAAAAUUCUGACGACGAUGAAUUCACGAAUAAGACAACUUAUAUAAAUGAUUCUGUUUUUACAAUAAUUGUUAAUUUGGUGUGUGAAUAUUAUUUAAGUUGUUCAAAUGGCAUAAUGAUAUUUACUUGACUUUACUUGUUUUCUUGAUUAGAUUUUGUAUGGUAAGGGAUGUUUUAUGUAAAUAAUAUUAUUUUUGUGUAGAUUAGGUUUUAGAACAGUUCAUAUCGCUUCACCAUUUGCAUAUUUCAUUCUAAAUGUACCUGUUUGUCAAUUAAAAUAAGGUUGUGGUUUAACAAAAUAAUAUAAAAAAUAAGCUAUACUGCAGUUAGUUUGUUUUGUGACUCCUGUGUAACAUUCUCAUUUUCUGCUGCUUUGCGGACUUUAAGAAAGUAUUCAACUCGUAUUAAACUUAUUAAGACUAAAGCUAUACCAUGGACAAAAUAGUAAAAGCACAAAGAGCGAUGGAAAGAUCCAUGUUCGGGGUGAGUAUUCUAGACAAAAAAACAAACAAAUGGAUUAGAACCAAAACGAAAGUAAAAAAGACGCAGGAGAACAUGCUGCCAAAUUAAAAUGGAGCUUCGCAGGACACAAUGUCCAACUGAAGGAUAAGAGAUAGAACCACGAAAUAUAACAAUGGAGACCAUGGUUAGGAAAGAGAAGUAAUGGAAGACCUCAAAUGAGAUGGGAUCGGAGUACACAAUUGGAAGCAAGUGGCGCAAAAUAGAAGACACUGGAUGGAUUUGGGGGAGUCCUAUGUCCAAAGUUGGAUUACAAGGCUGAAGAAGAAGACUAACGGAGUAUAUUAAUAAUUUUACUUAGUAGCGAUCGAUACUCUGUUGAGCAACCAUGCUUACUUUAUAAGGGAAAAAGCAAACUAAAAUUGAAAAUGCUGGACGAAAUAAGAUCUCCACGUCCAUACAUAUCACCUUAAGCGAUAACUAACUAUUUUGGUAAUGUAAUUUGUAAUGCAUAUAUUCGAAACUCGGUAAAAGUAGUCAAAACAUAUAUUCUGGUGCUGAUGUCCAUUCGGAUCAUACCCACUUAGUCAGUGAUUGGAACUAAGAAUCAAGAAACUUACAAAGCAACCCAAUAGUAGAUGAAUAGGUGGACAGUAUAUUAACAAUACCGUGAAAAUAAGAUUGGUUCUUCAAAUGUUACAUCUUCUGGAUACUAUUGUAGAGAGUUGAAAGUGGACCCCUCACAAAAUCACUAAUACAAGCUUUCGAAAUGAAAGUACAUCAAAAGGUGCUAUGCAAAAUACUGGGUUGACAGUACAAGUACCAAAAUUGGAGUAUUUUGCUCCUUGUUGUGCGACACCCAGAACGAUCUGAUCUCCAUCUUAUUAUUCAGGGCAAAAUAGAGGGAAAAAGCGGUCUCGGUCAAACAACACAAUGGAUUCGUAACCUACAUGAGUGGAUCGGUCUUGGUUACCCAUUCGUAGAGCUGGGGUGAAUAAAUUUAUAAUACCUAAUAUGAUAACCAAACCUAUUGAAGCUGGCAAUUAAAUAAGACAGGGAGAUUCCCUGAGUCCCCUCUUGUUUAACCUGAUUAUGGAUGCAAUAAUAAAAAAAGUCAGAACUAAACAAGAAUACCAAAUGGGAGAAAAACAACUUAAAAUAAUCUGAGAUGCAGACGACACAAUAGUACUCUUUUAACCGCCAAAAAAUUUAACAUGUUAAUUUCCCCAAAAAAGACAAAAUUCAUGGUUACAACAGCAAAUUUACUAAGAUGUAAAUUGGAGCUGGAAGGUCGGGUAUUAGAACAAGUGAUGGAGUUUAAAUAUCUAGGUAUCACAUUACCUAGCUAUAGAAAGCUUGAAAUGGAAGAGGAAGAUCAAGUUAAUAGAGCAAACAGAGCAAACAGUAUGGAGAGAAACAUUGAUGAUAAGACACUAUGGGACAGAGCUAGAAGUACAGAUUUACGACGUAGAUGCAAGGUGGAGAACAUCAAGAACUGGGUACGAAAUAGAAGAGUAGAAUGACAACAAAUAGACUAGUAAAGAUUACAAGAGACGGUUUCCCAAUAGGAAGACGAUCGGUAGGAAGACCACGAAAACGAUGGAACGGCAACUUACUAGAUGCACAUUAAAAACAGACAGCCAUGUCUACAUAAAAAGAAAAGAAGAAGAAAAGAAUAUGAUAACCAACCUUCAGUAAUGGAGAUGGUCCGGAGAGAAAAAGAAGUCAUGUUAUAUAAGCAAAUUUAGCAAUACUUUGUAAUAUAUACCUAAAAAAUUUUUUAACACCAUAUAGAAAGUACAGGAUACAUUGGGAAAGACUAGUAGACUUGAAUCUGUACAUUUCUUAUUUACUUAGUGAUACUUAUCUUAUUUAAUUCAUAUUUACACAACAACGAAACCUACUGCAGUAUCUUAUUAACAAAACUUUUCUCUUCUUAAUACUGUUCUACUGUCCUGUCCUCAUCUCUUCUUGCACUCAUCUAUCACCGUAAUCUAACGCUAUCCCCUUAUGUAGAUCGCUUUACAGAUUUACAACACCACCAAAGACUACGUCAACAACACGAUAACACCCGCUGUUGAAACUGCCAAAGCCUACGCAGAGCCAGCUGUCAAGACCGCCAAAGAUCUCGUGGAGCCUGCUUAUGAAAUGGCCAAGUCAGCAGUUGAACCAACCCUGGAAAGGGCCAGACAUAUUGUAGAACCAAUUGUACAGCCCGCUUUGGACAAAGCUAAUGCCAUCAAAGAGAAUGUUAUGCAGAGGGUUGAUGAGUAUUUGCACCUCUCCCACCAUGAAGGUAAGUUAACUUUUGUAUGCUUAGUAAUCUAUAUUAUACAGAUAUUGCAGAAUAUGCAAAUCCACCACGAUUUGCACAUUUUUAGUUCUCAAAACUGUUUGAGUUUAGAAACGUCCAAAAAAGUAAUUAGUCUCUUACCGCAGUCAUAACUAAUCUUUAGAUAGUAGUCUUUUAAAAUAAACUACCCUUUCUGUCAGCCCGUUUGACCGAGGGUAAUGUACAUUGGAGGUGCAAAAUUUAAAAUUCCACUAUUGUGCAAAAUUCCUACUAGUGAAUCAUAUGACAUAUUAUCUGAAACUAUCUCCAAUGGGAUUCCAAACCGUAAAAAUAUUGAUUUUAAAAAUUUGUAAACAAUUUUGAAAAGUAGUCUACCAAAACAAAAUAAGACCACCAAACCACCAUAAUCUAAAAAGGGUACACCGUAAUCACUAGCCAUUGCUUGGAAAGGAAGGUCAGGAAAAUCUCUUAAAUUCAAUCUAUCUAUCUAUCUAAUUAGCCUUCUUCGCUCCAUCUUUGGACAUAGGCCUCCCCAAUCCUCUUCCAUUCUUCUCUGUCUGUCGCUACAGUCAUCCACCUAGAGCCCACGUUCUUCUUGAUAUCAUCUGCCCAUCUCAUUUGGGGUCUUCUUCUACUUCGUUUAUAUUCCCACGGUCUCCAACUUAUAAGAAUUUUGUUCCAUCGGUCUUCUUUUUGUCUUAUAUUGUGUCCGGCAAAUCUCUAUUUGAAUUUUGCAACUUCGUGUCUAACAUCCCUCACUUUUGUUUUCUCUCUUAUCCACUCGUUUCUCUUUUUAUCAAUAAAAUUUAAUAGUUCCUUGAUAUUAUUGUUGCUAAAUUUUUCAGUCAAAUAAAGUUUUACAUUCCUUAAUAAAAUUUUCAAUAUCAGCAUUAAUUUGAGGCCAAUAUUCAGUUUUAGUAAUUCCAAAAUAAUUCUCAUGCAACAGUGAGAGCAUCUCUUUGCAUAAUGCAUUCGGUACAAUUACUAUAUAAACAUAUGUGUGUCAUGUCUAAUUAAAUAAUAACUUUUAAGUGAUUCCGGAACUUUACGACUAUCUGUGGGCAAUCCCAUCAAGCAAUAGUUUGUCAAUAUUUGUAAUAAAAUAUUCUUUAAUAUCUCUUCAAUGAAAACUUAUUUUCUACUGACUGCUCCAUGUUGCUGAUUUUUAUAUUUUCGUUAACCCUUUUAUUUAAGAACUUUUACAUGGUACAGUAAUAACACGAAGUGUCAUUCGUAAUUUAACAUCUAACGUAAAACCUACAACUAAUAUAACAUCUAACACAAUUUGUUCUUUGUUCUUUCAGGUGAAGUAGUCGAAUGUCAAGAAUGCGUUCAAAUCAGGAAAAGAUUAGAGCAGCAACAACAGCAGGACAACCAAAACGAACAGCAACAACAAGAUCAACAACCCGAGGGUCAACAAUAACGCGCGUUUUCUGUUAGUUUAUAGUGUUUUCUAUGUUUAACGUCCCAAUUGUAUUUUAAGACUGUUUUUAGAUUUUAAUCUUAGGGUGGCUUCCAGAACAUUAGUCUGAAUAUGUGCCUUUUCGAAAAAUUGUCCAGAAUUAGAAAGAUUUAAAAAUAUUAGGUGUUUUCACAAAGAAAUACUUUAUUAUUUAUUAAUACGUUUAUUACUUUUGUAAUUUUCCUUCUUUCAAAAUUCAGUAUUCAAAUAAGAGUUUUCUUUAAUUUGAAUACUGGAAAGAUGGUAAAGUUAUUGUUAUUUUCCACGUCAAUAUCUACAUAAUUAGUUAAUGUUAUAUAUCUAGCAGGAAAACCUUAAGUGUUUGAUGGUUAUCUAGAGUCUGAACGAAGUAAAUCGAUACACAAGUGCCUAUAGUACAUUAGGAUGUCACCCUUAAUAGUUUACAAUAUUUAUAAAUGUAUAUUUUAUACUAAUAUAGGAUUACGUCGAGGAUGAAAAUAUCACUGAAUAUUUACGUUUUUAUUUAAAUAUAUGUUCCAAAUUU